GCCGGCUUCUUCGAAGACCUCCAUAGCGCGAGCUCCAAGCUGCAGCUGAAGGUGAAUACGCAGAGGUAUGCAUUGCACAUCAAAGCGGUCUUCCAGGAGAUCAGCACCGUUUUCGUACCUCAGAUGUACUCAUCAACACAGGAAGAUCUUGAGCUCAGGGCCAAGCAGGUAGCCGGAAGGCUGCAAUCGGACUCUCUGAAGCCCUUGUCGGUGAAAGUCCGUGCCUGCGAAGAAUUGGCCUCUGCCAAAGAGGGCGAUGGCCUAGACGGAGACGCGCAGGCCUUCCACGAAGGCUCCACCGACGCUGGGGCCAACACUCCUGAGAAGGAUGCGGCGGUGUUCGACGACGGAGAUAUCGGCCUGGAUCUUCCUCCAGAGGCCGCCUACGUGCAAGUGCGCUACUGA